AUGUCCCAGCAAACCCACAUUGAUUGGGCCCAAGGGUCCGCGUUUGUCCAGAAGGGCACCAUAUACGUGUCCCCCAACUGCAAGCGUGUCGUCAUCAUCCCACCCGCUGAGGUCGACGUCACCAACCCCUUCGAACAAAAGGCGACACGAGCAGAACCUCGGCGACGAGACCUGGAUUUAGAGGGCGUCAAACAGCCAAUUUUGCGCAAUAAACCGCACAAGUCUCCGGCCACGUAUGAAAUGGAGUGGCACAGCGUAAAAGAAUGGCGCCAAUUGGAUGAAAACAUCACCCUUCUGUGUGAAAAGAUCCGCUUAUGGUGUCGCGUUCCUGGAACCCCACCUCCUAGCCCCAAAAGCUUCGGUUAUGAUCUCAGGUAUAGCUGUGAAGCAGACGCGCAAAGGAGCUUUGAGGCCACCCGAAACGCGUUUAUCCUGUGGAUGGGCUACCUGUCGUAUCUCGUCGCCCAAAGUCGUCGCGAGAUCUAUUCAAAGCACAUCAAGCACGAUCCCAAAAGCCCCGUCCCUGCAUGGCAUGAACGCCUCCGCGCUGAGCAUCCUGACAUCUCAGAAGUAUGGCUGGAUGGCUUGUAUCAUUCCAACGUAUUUUCGUUUAACGCCAGAACCCCUCGUGUCGGCAUGGUCUACGAGUUGAGCAGCACCCACGCGACACGCCCUCCCAUCGAAUGGCUUCUGGAACACCAUGUUCCAGUCUAUUAUCCGUGGCGGAUGCGGGAAGAGGAAAUCUUCCUCACCCACAAAAUACUCAAUCUCGAGCUUCGCCCCCCGCGCGACUUGUUGGCGGCAACACUUACCGACCUGUUCAAGUCUAUGGACGUGUCUCUCGCAGCCGCCUUUGCGCGCAAAUUUUUUAAUAAAUCUCAUUCGACGGAGGGCCUCACGAUGAAGUCGCUGGGAGAUGAGUACUCCACUACUUUGGUGUAUUCUAUCCUCAGUAACGAUUUCGCCCACAACUCAGAGGCAUUGGAUCAGCACAUGUCCCAGCCAUAUGAAGAAUUGGAAAAAAAGCUCCAAAAGAGAGACGAGGAACAGCGUCAGCUCGCCAUUGACAGCGCCAACCUGCCUACGCUGCGCAUGAUCGAACUGGCGAAUGAAAACCACAAGCUGCUGACCUCUGUGCACGAUGACUGGGACGCUUACUGGGCUGCAAGGGUGGAAGAACGGCGACGGAUUCUGGCCAAAGAGACGCCAGAAGCUAGACAGGCUCGCCUGAACCGAGAGAACAACCCAUCGGUGGUACGUAGCAAAGUAUUUGUCUGGAAAACGCUGGUGUCCACAGAGGGAGCCAGCGUUUACAUGCGCGAACACAUCGCAACGUCACGAAACAGCAUCGAGGAGGCCAAACUUCGCCCACACCGCAAGGUCUACAACGGUGUUAGGGCAACACUAUAA